AUGGCAGAUGAGAGCGGAUACAAGAAAGGAUUGUGGAUGGAGGAAGAAGAUGAACUUCUCAAACAAUACGUUGCAAAAUAUGGGAAAGGAAAGUGGAAUCGCAUAGCAAAAACUACAGAUCUAAAAAGAUGCGGAAAAAGCUGCAGACUAAGGUGGCUGAAUUAUCUCAAUCCAAAUGUAAAACGAGACACUUUUGCAGACGACGAAGAUGACCUCAUAAUUCGCCUACACAAACUACUUGGGAAUAGAUGGUCCUUAAUAGCGGGAAGAAUACCGGGUCGCACCGAUAAUCAAGUGAAAAAUCGUUGGAACACUUACCUAAGCAAGAAAGUUGAGACGACAAAAAAGUAUCGAAAAAGAGUUAGGAACUCUCGUCAAACAAUACAUGAUGUCUCCACCAAGGAUGAAAGAGGUGACCAUUAUGUACCCUUGAAGGAUAAUCAUCUUGACCAGCCAUUAUUUCAUGAAACUGAUCAUCCCAUCGAGCCAAAUGAGCUGAAGAAUGAUAAUAGACAAAACAUCGACAAUGGUCUUUUGUUUCUAGAAACAGAACUCGGACUGCACGAUAAUAAUUAUUUUGAGAGUACAUCGUGGUUUCUUAAUGACGAUGAAUUUGAUUUCAUUAAAACUAACUUCAUGGGACUCUUGGAUGACCAAUUUCCUCUUAAGAUGUCUAUCGGGGAUAAUUCCGAUAACAUAGUUGGACAGGGAAACGAAAGUGUUGCAUUUGCCGACAUGAUUCAGCUCCAAGUAAAUACGACUCCCACCGAAAAUCUUUUCAUUCAAAUAUGA